AUGCUGGCCCCUGCGUUUGCAUGGUCGCCAGCAGCAGCAGCUGCCAACCAAAGACUGUUGCAGCCUGCCUCGGCGCCACCGACUCCUCUGCCGCGCCUGCGGGGCAGCGUGGGAGCACUUCGAGCCGGGAGGGCGGCGAAGGAGGGCUCCGAGGCAAAGCCCACCCGGCAAAUCUUCAGCUUGGCUUGGCCGGCCGUUCUUGGAGCCUCCAUCGACCCCUUGCUCUCCCUGCUGGACACCUACUGGGUGUCGCGAUGCCUGGGCAUGCUGUCCCUGGCUGCACUGGGCCCGGCUCUGAAUGUCGAGGAUUGGAUGUUUGACAUCCUCAAGACUGUGCAAGUGCCUGUCCGCUCGCUGACGUCGGAGUCGGUGGCAGCUGGACGACCCGAAGAAGUGCAGGAGACCCUGUCCCAGGCACUGUGCUUCUGCUGGAGGGUGGGGCUCGCUGUUGCACUUCUGGGAUCGGCGCUGUCGACCCUUCUUCUGAGGCUGUCAUCAGUGGAAGCCUCGUCGCCUUUGUUGGAGCCAGCCAAGGCCUACCUGGUCCCGCGGCUCUGUGGGGCUCCGGGCUUGCUGACGCUGAUCGUUUUGCAGGCUGCGCUGUCGGGGGCCUUCCGUGACACCUCAGCAGUGCUUCGCUUGGUCCUCCUGGGCGCCGGCCUCAACGCGCUGCUCACCCCGCUCGGCGUCGCCACCCUCCACGGGGGCACCGCUGGGGCUGCGUGGGCAACGACCGCAGCCUGCUACGCGUCCGCCGUCGCCGCCUGGGUCCUGGUGGCCCGCCGGCCGUCCAGCGGAAAGCCGUGGCUGCCUCCUCCAGGGCAGGUCUUCGCAGUGGCAUUCCUUGGGAAGCCCAGCCCCAACCAGAGCGCCAGCAGUCGGAAGAAUUGGAUGGCUUUGCUGAAGGCAAAUGCCGCCAUGUCUGUGCGAACCUUCUCGUCGCUCACAACAUGGCUCGUAGCAUGUGCCAUUAUCACAAAGAUUGGGGUGGCACCUUUGGCUGCGCACACCUGCAUGACAAAAACGUUUCUGAUGCUGCUCUACUUGUUGUAUGGCUUCCAGCUGUCGGCACAAGUCCUGGUCAGCGCCGAUGUUGUCCGUGGCGACCCGCGGCGUGCCCGCAACACGGCAGUCCACGCAAUCCGCCUCGGAAUGGUGGUGGCGAGCUUUGCAGCCCUGAGCCUUUGGAGGGGGCAUGAUUUCAUUGCGAGCGUGUUGGUCAGAGAUGAGACGGUGACUGCAGCUUUUGCCACCUUGGUCCCACCGGCCAUGGCCAUGCUGCUCAUCUACGGCGUGAUGUGGGUCGCCGAUGGAGUCCUGUAUGGUCUUGGUGAGUAUAUUUGGACUGCAAAGUGCACCUCCUAUGCCGGUGCUGCUGCAGUGGCCGUCAUGCUUCUGCUUGCCCACCGAAAUAUCACUGCCGCCCAAGUCUGGUGGAGCCUGAACAUCAUGAUGGCGAUCCGAGCCGUUUUUGGAGUCCGAAAGGUCUUCUUCAGUUCCAGCUCUCCGCUGUCUAGGCGCUCGCUGCAACUGGGCCAGACGCCAGAUGCCCUCUUCGAUGCCCUGUCUGCGGGUCGGCAAGAAGUUCGCUGGCCCGACUUUCGGGACCUUUUCGCCCAGCUGGAGCCCUCGCUGGGAGAGGAUCAGCUGCAGCGGCUUUGGACCACUUUCGAUGCCAAUGCCGACGGCGGCAUUUCUCGGGAGGAGUUCAAGAAGCAGCUUGCGCAGGUUGAGGCGUCAGCAAAGCCCAGCACCACCAAGGUGGAUGUAUCGGAGGCAGAUCUGCUUGUGUAUCUUGCACUAGCCGUUUUCCUCACUGACACAGUGGGCUUUGCCAUGGACCCGCUUUUCCGGUCCGUGGCUCUGAGCUCCCGGCGCCUCUCGAGCUUGGCUGAGCUGGGAGCCGAAGCAGCCGCCGCCCUGAAGGGGUCGAAGCAGAACGUCACCAUCUUCGAGAGCACCACGGCAGGGCUGAUUCAAGCGGCCCUUCAGUCGGUGCCUGGGGCAUCUUCCUACACCACGUGCGGUGCCGUGACCUACGGCAAGGACAAGGCCCAAGCGGUCUUGGGAGCCGUGGAUCUGGGAGUCCCGAGGCCCACCGAUGGGGCAUCUUACAAGGACUCCAAGAGGCAGUGGACACAGCGACUGGCGAGAUACAAGCGCCAAGAAGUUGGUGCGACCUGGUGCAUCUGCGAGAGCGGAGCCUGCGGCCCAACCUUUACAUUUCCCGACGUUACCCAAGGCUUCACGGCCAUCUUUGUGUCAGGCCCUGUUGAGAAGGGUUUGUUUGUCGAGUCAGAGACGAACGAGCGGGAAGACAACAUGUGGGGUUUCACGAAGCUCGCCUUGGAUCUUCUUGCGGAGUGUAUUGAGGAGAGCAGGGGUGUGGCGACAGUGGCUUCAAAGCAAGUCUUGGUGGCCAAAGAAGAUCGUUAUGGAGGCGUUGAGGCAGAGGUGUCAGGCUCCAACAGCGACUGCAGCAACUUCGCGGUCGAGUUACGCCAGUACCUUCAAGCCUGGACUGCAGCUGGAAAGAAGGGUAUUUGGCUCAAGGUUCCACUUGCUGCUGCUGCGUGCGUCGGCCCUGCUGUGGCGCAGGGAUUCGAGUUUCACCACGCCAAAGCUGAAUAUCUGCUGUUGACACGCUGGCUCAGUGAGGAGCCAAACACAUUGCCUAAGUAUAGCUUUACUCAGGUAGGUGUCGGAGGAGUUGUCCUAAACAGCAAGGGGGAGGUCUUGAUGGUGCAGGAGAGGAUCUCUCCGCUACCACAGUUUCAGGGAAGCUGGAAGCUACCGGGUGGGCUGGCGGACCCCGGUGAGGACUUUGCAGAGACGGCCGCGAGGGAAGUGCAGGAGGAGACGGGGGUCACUGGCUCGUUGCUGGGCUUGGUGAGUUUACGCCACAGCCACGGAUAUCGCUUCGGGCAGGAUGACAUCUACGUGGUUGUCAAGCUGCAGGCGCUCGAGGAAACCAUUCGCAUCGACCCGCAUGAGCUUAGCGAUGCGCAAUGGAUGAGCAUGGAUCGCAUCCAGUCCUUAGUUGCCGAGCCGGGGCAGUCAUGGGAUGGUAAGGUAUCAGAGAACACUUGGCAGGUCAUUUCGAACGCGCUUUCAGGCGCAGCGAUCGAGGGUUCCGCCCUGCCGAACUCCAGGGGCGGCAAGAUGUCCAUGCUUUACACGGAAGUCUGCUCCAUGGUCACGGCCAUGCUGCGCAGGGAAGGCAAGACUCAGGAUCAGCUGUUCGAUGCCUUGGCCAAUGGACGCCAAGACGUUACGUGGUCCGAUUUCCACGCUCUCUUUGCGCAGCUGGUGCCUGAUUUGGGAGAGAAUCAGCUAAAAGAGCUGUGGCAACAUUUCGACAAGAAUGGGGAUGGAGGGGUCUCCCGAGAAGAGUUCAAGCAUGCACUUGGCGCAGUCAGCAGAUCCGCAGAAGACGUGGCACAAGACGUCUGCUCUCGCGUGAUGGCGGCACUUGUUCGCGAAGGGAAGUCCGUCGCGCAGUUGUUUGACGCACUCUCCGGGUCGAGGAAUACGGUGCAGUCCGCCGACUUUGCGGAGUUCUUCCGGUCGCUCGAGCCUAGCCUCACACAGAAGCAGCUGGAGCUCCUCUGGCGCACUUUUGACAAGGACGGCGACGGCAGCGUCACGCGCGAGGAGUUCCAGCUGGGCUUGCAGCCGGGGACGCUCCAGCGUGAGGAGCAGCAGGCGCCGCAGAUUUGUGUACGCAUCGCGUCUGCUCUUUUCCGGCAGGGUGUGGCCGUGCAGCAGCUCUUUCAAGCGCUGGCAGGGCCGAAGGAGAUGGUGGUGUGGGCCGACUUCCGCACCCGCUUCCAGCAGCUGGAGCCGUCUCUUGAGGAGCGCGACCUGCAGGCCUUAUGGAAGAGCUUCGACAAGGAUGGUGAUGGCAGCAUCACCAAAGAGGAGUUCUUCCUGGCACUGGAACCUGCGACCCGGCUGGUCAUGGCCAAGAUGUCCGAUGUGAUCGCCAGACUUGCGCUUGCCCUGCAACGAGAGGGCCAGAGCGUGGAUCAGCUCUUCACAGCCUUGGCCACCGAACAGGGAACGGUGUCAUGGACAGCUUUCUGCUCGAUGUUCCAGCAAUGGGAGCCUUCACUCACCGAGAACGACUUGCAGGGCCUCUGGCGAAGCUUUGACAAGGAUGGUGAUGGAAGCGUUUCAAGAGAAGAGUUUCUCGGAGCGCUCAAGCCGACCACGGAAGCUGCCCAAGCUCAAAGCGAGGAGGUUUGCCGGCGGGUGGCGUCCAUGCUGUUCCAGAACGGCAAGAGCGUUAUCCAGCUCUUUGAUGCUCUGGCUUGUGGGAAGGCUGUGGUUGCCUUUGAAGACUUCCGCUCGCUUUUCCAGCAGCUGGAGCCUUCUUUGACCCUGCAAGACAUUCAGAUCCUGUGGCGGGCGUUUGACAAGGACGGCGACGGUGGCGUCACAAAACAAGAGUUCAUCAAAGCCAUGGAGCCCUCGGCAACGAUGGUCGUGAAAAAGGCCGCAGAGGUUUGCUCGCGAGUCGGGCAGCUUCUGCGAAGAGAAGGAACGACCUUGGACCAGCUGUUCGACAGCUUGGCUGAUGGCGAGGUGAUGACCUGGGACUCCUUCUGCUCCUUCUUUCACACCCUGGAGCCGUCGCUGUCAGAGGUUGACCUGCAUGGGUUGUGGUACACCUUCGACAAGGAUGGCGAUGGAAGCGUUACGCGACAGGAGUUUGUCCAGGCAUUGGCGCCCACGAUGCAGGGCGGCGCUCCGACAGAGCCAAAGGGAGCACCAGCCGCAGCCUCGGACUUGUCGGCCGCGCUUUGGGCUGCCAUGUCAGAGGUGGCGGCCCUCCGCGCAUCCGGCGUGCCCAGGGGCAGCCCGGCUUUGCACCAGGCAGUGCGGCAGCAACUUGCAGCCUUCGACAGCAUGCAGUCCGGCUUUCUGGAUGCUGAGGCUUUUGCCAAGGCAUUGCGCUCUUACAGCCCAGCAUUGCCGGAUAUGGCCGUGGAGGUGUUGCGGCAGCAAGUUUGUGAAGCUGAUGGGAAGGUGCAGGUUGACAGACUGGCACAUGCCUUGGCAUGCUCCCUCUGCCACGGAGGCGCGUUGCAGUCGGAAUCACUCGGAGGGCAUAUCCUGACUGCGCAGACGCGCGACUCGCCUCGCGCCCAGGCUGGCGGACCGCUAUGGCGCACGGGCGCGCUGGCACUGCUUCUGGCAGUUGGGCUUUCAAGCCACUUGGCCUUCAUCCCGAAGGUGGCGAACGCCGCCACAGGAAGCCUCUUGGGACUGCUCGCUGCUCCGGCCGCGUGGGCUGUCACUGAGGGCUUCGAGGACUACAAUAAGCUCGCGGUCAAGGCCGCCAAGCCGAUCGCUGAGGCACCCAAGCCCGCCGGGGACGGCCCAUCCGAUGCCAUGCAGGUGAUAGGUGGCGCCGGAGCCCUCAUUGUUGUUGCCCUCUUUGCCUUCGCAGCCGCCGUCUUCGCCGGCAAGCGAGACCCCAACGAGCGCGACGGAAAGCGCAUUUGA